UCUCGGUUGUUGUACUGUAUAUUUACCAUCACUCGAAAAGCUUUCCAUCCUUCUGCACCAAAAAUGCGACGAAGAAGCGAGUCUCAAAGUAGGCUAUUUUCCCACAAGAUUCACACAGCGCGCCGCCCGCUCCGGGGGUACUCUCCUAACAUCUAGGCAACCCGCGCACGAAAGAGCCAAUGGCUGACGGCGGGCUGUGAGCGCGGCCGGGCAGUCCUCCCACUUCUGUUGUUCUUGCUCUCGCCCCGACCCCGACAAACUCGACCAACAGUUGUGUCGUCUGCUUGCUUUGGUCUCGCGAAGGUGCGAGUAUGAAGUUUGCGCCCUUAGUUAUGUCGUUUGUGUUUGAUGGCCUCACAACGAACGUAUUUGACACACAAGAGAAGUAAUCUUGGUUAAAGCAAAAUGAAAUUUGCAGAACAUCUUGGGGCUCACAUCACGCCCGAGUGGCGGAAGCAAUACAUCAACUACGAAGAAAUGAAAGCCAUGCUGUACCUGGCCGUGGAGCAGGCACCAUCGGCCGAAGUAGUAGAGCCUGCAGUUGUGCGAGCCUAUUUUUCGCAAUUUGACGAAAAAUUCUUCCACUACUGCGAUAAGGAGCUCGCGAAAAUCAACACCUUCUUCUCUGAGAAACUGGCAGAGGCGCAGCGCAAGUACAGCGCGCUCCGUAGCGAGAUGAUCGAGGCCCAGACUGCCGAGGGCGGCCUGUCGGCUGGGGGCUGGGGCGCGCGCUACCGCUACCAUCUCAAGAGGGGGACCAGCGCGCCCGUGCGUAAGGUGCAGGACCUCAAGCUCGCCUUCUCCGAGUUCUACCUAGGACUCAUCCUCCUGCAAAACUAUCAAAAUCUCAACUUUACCGGCUUCAGAAAGAUUCUCAAGAAGCACGACAAGCUGCUGAGCGUGGACGUGGGCGCGCGCUGGCGGCGGGACGUGGUGGAGGCGAGCCACUUCUACACCAACAAGGACAUAGGGCGGCUCAUCGGCGAGACGGAGGCGGCCGUCACGCAGAACCUGGAGGGUGGAGACAGGCAGCGCGCCAUGAAGCGACUGCGCGUGCCGCCGCUCAACGAGCAGCAGAGCCCCUGGACCACCUUCAGGCUCGGGCUCUUCUUGGGCUCCUUCGUGGUGCUCUUUCUGGCCGUCGUCAUAGCGGCUGCGACGAGCUCCGGUGCCACGGACUGGCGCAUCGUGUUUCGGCUGUACCGCGGCCCCCUCCUCGUCAUUCAGUUCAUCUUCCUCCUGGGUAUCAACGUGUACGGAUGGCGAUCGUCCGGCGUGAACCAUGUCCUCAUAUUCGAGAUGGACCCGCGGCACCACCUGUCGGAGCAGCACAUCAUGGAGCUGGCUGCCAUAUUUGGCGUCGUUUGGGCGCUCAGCGUGCUGGUGUUCCUCUACAGCGAUGCGCUCGGGGUGCCCCCGUUUGUCAGCCCCUUGCUCUUGUUGCUGUUGAUGCUGGGGUUCCUGUUCAACCCCACCCGCACCCUGCGGCACCAGGCGCGCUUCUGGAUGAUCCGCGUCAUGUUCCGUGCCAUAUCUGCACCAUUUUUCUUUGUCAACUUCGCUGACUUUUGGAUGGCGGACCAGCUGAACAGUCUAGUGCCGGCUCUCAUUGACUUUCAAUACACCAUCUGUUUUUACAUCACUAAUAACAGCCUUACCAUGGCCUCAGAGGACGCCAAGCAGUGCGUGGAGCGUGCAUGGUUCCGACCCGUUAUGGCCGUUUUCCCAGCCUGGCUUCGCUUCGCUCAGUGCCUGAGGCGCUACCGAGACACGCGGGAAGCAAACCCGCAUCUCGCGAAUGCAGUCAAGUAUUUUACCGUGUUCGUCGUUAUAUUCUUCACCUCACUCGCCACGCACUACGAGGAUUAUUAUGAACACCAGUACCUUAACCCGUACUUCUAUUUAUGGAUACUCUCGAGUAUCGGUAGCUCCAUGUUUGCCUACAUCUGGGAUAUUAGACUAGAUUGGGGUUUGUUUGACAAGAAUGCCGGCAACAACAAAUUCCUUCGCGAGGAAAUUGUUUACUCCUCUGUGUGGUACUACUACUUCGGGAUAGUCGAGGACCUGUUGCUACGGUUCGGAUGGGUGUUUUCACUCUCCCUAUCCGAGCUGGGUUACGUGCAUGGCGAGCUUAUGGUCACCAUCCUGUCUCCCCUCGAGGUGUUUCGGCGGUUCGUCUGGAACUUCUUUCGGCUCGAGAAUGAGCACCUGAACAACUGCGGCAAGUUCCGCGCCGUGCGCGACAUCUCGGUUGCGCCAAUGGAGACCUCAGACCAGGGUCUGAUCCUGCGCAUGAUGGACGACGAGGACGGCGUGCUCAACAGGAACAAGCGCAAGGCGAACACGGGCGCGAGCACGAGGCGCCGCUUGCAGCACCGCAGCAUGCUGGAGGACGAGUCAACGGACACCGAACAGGGACUGCUCCGCUGACACACGCUCACACCUCGACUCAGGGCGGCCUUCCCGCUGCGAGUCAUGGUGUGACCUUGCUGCGCACAAGGAAUUCAAUUGGGUGGCCACCCACAGACUGUCAAUUCUUAUGAACAAACUGUCAUAUUUGCAAAGUAAGCACAAUACUGCGGUAGAUUUUACUGCCUGGAAAAGUAUCGCCUUCUCCCCUUUUGGGUCUUUUU